UGUGCUUUGUGUAAAAAGUUUGAGAACUACUUCUUUAAGAGAAAUGAGGAAAAUAAGAUUGACACCCCAGUUUUGCAUUGUAAACAAAGUUAAGAGGAGUCAACACGCACCAGUGACACUGGAGACACAAUUGUAGAUUCCAUUGAGACUCAGUGGCAAGGCCUUAUCACGUGUGAUUAAUUGCACUUCACUUCACUCAAAAAACACAAACAAAAAAAUGGCGUGUUUGUUCCACAUGCCCCCCGGAGGUCUGGAUAGUGCCUUUAAAAGGGGCUGGAGAGGCUCGUCAUCCAUACUCAACGAUGGGCGCGUGAUAAUGCUCCUGAACGGCACCGUCCCCCUAUCGGUCGAUUUUAACUCUACGGGUGACUUCUUCGUGUUCAUCUUCCACAUCCUGUUCGCCACCAGUGCGGUUCUGGUGGCCGGCUCGGUGGCCGUGGGCAUCGCGUCCAGCCGCUCGCUGCGCGUCCAGAAUCGCUUCACCUUCAUGCUCAACACCAGCGUGAGCGACACGUUGACCGGUUUCUCUGUCUACUAUUUGGGCUUGUUCGACGUCCAGGAGGGUUACCCAUCCAGAAACGGGACUUUCUAUAUCCUGCCUUCCUUCCUCGGUGUCAACGUGCUGACCUUCCUGUUCGCCCAGUUCGACCGCUACCUGGCCGUGUGCCACCCGUUCUUCUAUCACCGUUAUAUCAGCCGCUCGCUGGUGAUUGGCGUGUGCGCCUUCUGCUGGAUCUACACCUACUCCAUCCUCACCGUGCAGAACAUGGUGCCUAUCUCCAAGGCGGCCCAGAUCAAUGCGUUUGGGGUCAUGACCCUGCAGAUCAUCGUGUUGGUCAAGGUUCUGAUGACCGUCAAGCUGUAUGUGAUCGCCCGCAACCACCUGGCCCGAGAGCCGCCCAGCGCCGAGCGGGACAACAAGAGAGAGUCGCUGCGCAUCAUCGUUUUCGUCGUUAUGUGCUUCCUGGCCCUGUGGUGCCCCUCGUUCGUCAACAUCAUCGUCAGGCAACUCACCCGGACCGGGCUGCGCUUCCGCAACGAGGCCACCAACCUGUUCGCCAUCAUGGCGCGCCUCAACGCGCUGGUCACCCCGGCACUGUACAUUUGGGGGAGCCCAGCCCUGAGAGGAGCCGUGUGGAGGCUCGUGUGGAAGCGGGUGUGCCCCAGACGCAGGGCCAGAAUCGAUUUAACUUCCAAGGUGUGAUGAAAGAAGAAACGCGAGCUCUUUUACGACGCAUGAGGAUGUUACUGUUUUAUUUAUUUAGUUCGUUUUUAAUGAGUAUUGUCGUUAUUUUCUGAAUGAAGGGGUUCUUUUUACGUGCCAUUUUCUCAUUGUUUCGCUUAUUCUAUUGUUUACUGAAACAAUAACUGAAUAAAAUUCAGAGGACUCCAGCAUACUCGCGAUUCGGCACCGGCGGAUUUACCGAUUCACAGACACCACCCACUUGGCCAAUCGCCUUAACCUAAAACUACAGAAUGAAGUUCAGAGUGAAGUUCUUAUUGCAUUAUUAUCACUCCUGAGUCGGUCUUGCUUUUCAUUUUUCAUGUUUCUGUUUCUUGUGUGUGCUUUAAGGCUAAGACAAAAAAAAGACGACUAGCAAAAUAACUGUAGAAAGGAAGACUUGUGUAUAAAUCCAAACAAAAAGGACAGCUCCUAGUCAGUGGUGAUGGAUUUUUUUUUAUUGAUGUUUCAUUUUAUGCAUCAUUGAGUACACAUACUAAUAACUCUUAUGAGAUGGAACUUUGUGGUGACAGUUUGACUUCACACAUGUAAAUAGUAUCUAUUGUUAAUUAUUAUCCAUCCAUUCCUUUUUUAAAUCCGCUUAUUCUCACAAGAGUCGAGGACGUGCUGAAGCCCAUCCCAGCUGAUUUUGGGCAGAAGGCGAUGUACACCCUGGACUGGUUGCCAGCCAAUCGCAUCGGACAAAAACAAAUAUCCUGCGCUGAACAAUCACACCUACCGACAAUUUGGAGUGUUUUUCACAAGAUCGUCUCAGUUUUUCCAAGCUAGCCAAGAACUUGGCAAUACAGAACAUAUGCCUCAAGAAUUUUAUUGAUGGUUCAGUGAUGUAUUUAGUGAUGCAUAGUUAACAAUAUAUUUUCAAAUAAUUUCAAAGUAAGUGAUAUUUUUACAAUGUUCAAUUUUUUUCCAACGCUGCUGGGCUCUAAUUCUUAUUCACUGGCAAAGUCUACACAUAGAAUGCUUCUAUGGAUAGCAAUAUAUGACUGUCUUCUUGGGUUUACAAAGCUUCAUUUUUCCUCGUUGGACCUGCAAUGAGUUCAUAAAAUAAACAUAAAACACAAGAACUGACAGUUUGAAGAAAUAAAUAUGACAUCAGGAGCUGCGCAUGAGUGUCUUGGCACGAGUUGUGGCUGUCAGCAGCUCCGAGUGAAUGUUCUCAUUUUGGAUUUGUCGCCAUGACAAUUUGUCCUGUUUAGU